UAUGGAUAUUUCAAUCAUUUAUAGAAAAAUAGCGUUUGCAAUAUAUACAUGUGUCAACUUUAUUGAGUAGUCGCAAAGAAUCUUCAAGACGUUUGGUAGACCUCAUGACCCAAGAUCUUUGUCAUACACGAAAUAAUGUCUAGCGUCACCACGAAUAUCCAUUCUACGGAAAGAAGAAUGUGCAAAAAAAAAAAAAAAAAAUAGAUGUUGUCCUUGGGGGCGUGAAAGUGGGCGAGUUCGUGUCCUAGCACUCGCAGUAUCCACCAGGAACACGAGGUGCUACUAGCCCCCAACCACAGUCAGCUGAUCUCCAUCCAGCCCGAGACUAGCGUUUCUGCUUGUUUGUGCGAAUGAAUUACACGAACUACGCACGCUUAAAUAGCUUUCCCAAAGGCAACAGCGUCCCUGGUUCCGGGUGGGCAGGCCAACGAUAGGAGAGGCGGCCGCUGAGGAGGCUGCGCGACUGGCUCCCGCGCCCUACGAGAACGCUGAACCUUAGAAGCAAAUUAUACAAGACAGAGGCAGGAAACAUCUAUGAACCAUGGAGACUUAUGUGAGGAAGAGCCAUGUCACGUGGUCAAGGGAACUUCAGCUACACAGCCGUCCCGUCGCCCUCUGAGAGCCUGUGUGGGAAGCUCAUUCACCAGACUUCGGACAGUGUGUCAGAGACCUUGACAGAUAUGUUGAGUACAGAUGAAUCAAAUAGUGGCAUGUCGUCAGCAGACCUCAACGCGUGGGAUCCUGACGCCGCCAGAUUGCUGAAGGUGGUGGAUAACGAAUCUCUGGAAGGCCUUAAAGCUCUGUUGGUUGCAGGCGUGCAUAUCAAUGGCCAUGGAGGCUCGUUCCACGAAACAGCCCUUCACCGUGCGGCACAGUUACGGUGGACAGCCGGACUUAGUUACCUGCUAUCGGCAGGGGCAUCGGUGUAUGCCAAAAAUCAGUUUGGACAGACGCCCCUGCACUACGCAGCGGCGUCGCAGUCAACCGCAUGCAUUAAACUGCUUCUCUCCUCCGGGCGGCCUGGAGUCGUGGAUCACCGGGACAUGCGAGGACACACGCCUCUGCACGAUGCCAGUGCGUCAGGGUGCGUUGAGGCUGUUGCAGUCUUGCUCAAGGCAGGGGCUCUGGUGCGCGCCAAGGAUGGGAACGGAGAAACGCCGCUUCACAAGGCAGCGAAGGCACGCUCGAUUCCCUCGAUGGUGGCGCUCCUCAAUGCAGGAGCCGAUCUAGCAGCCGUUGAUGACAAUGGUGAAAGCGUGCUGUCAUAUAUCCUGCAUCAUCUCCCGGGCACCAUGGAUGCGGUCUUUGACCACUGCCUGGUCACAAAUUCCCCCAAAACUAAUACAAAGACUUUAGAAGUGUCUCUGAACUUUUUGCCUCUUACCUGUUCAUUCGAGAAGAAUCAGGUACAAAACCUACAGUCAUUUGUGGACAUGGGUCAGGCAAAACUCCUGAGCCAUCCUCUUUGCGAAACCUUUCUUCUUCUGAAGUGGAUGAAUGUUCGGAGAUUAUUUUUAAUAGAAGUUGUCUUUUAUUUUAUUUAUGCAGUGCUGACCACCAUUCUGACCUUCAACAAAUUCGUGUGGACUACCAGUCACACUAACGUUAGCGCCCUCGUAGAGAAGCGAGGCGAGGAGUGGAAGGAGUGGGGCGAGUCUCACGUGCAGGGCGCGUGGGGGCUCUCAGCCAUCCCAGAUGAAGCAGACCAGGUUCUCAAAGUUUUCGUGAUAUGUCAGACAGUGUUAAUCCUCCUACAACAACUGUUAUCCCUCAUGCAGAAUAAGCUAGCAUGGUUCCGAUCACUUUCUGGCAUCCUCCAUGUGAUGAUAACUCUUCUCGUUCUCCUGGUCGUGUCUGUUUCGGUGCCCAAGGAGUGGCAACACCAUCUGGCCACGUGGAUGCUCCUGUUGAUGUGGACCGAAUGCAUGGUGCUUAUCGGACGAUUUCCAAACUGUGGCAUAUAUGUCGUCAUGUUUACCCGAGUGGCCAAGGUCUUUGUUCGUAUAUUUGCUAUAUACUUUUGCCUCCUUCUGGCAUUUUCGUCAGCGUUCUAUGUUGCGCUCCAUUAUGCCAAGGACCCUAACUCAGGAAACAAUGAGAACCAGGUAUUCACCAACCCAGUCUUAACAUUCACCAAGACACUUACCAUGAUGAUCGGUGAACUAGACUUUCAAGACGAUUUUGUGGUUGGAUUAUCACACUUAGUUGCAACUGGACAUAUAAUAUUUCUGUUCUUUGUCAUCCUCGUCUCCAUCAUCCUCUCCAACCUUCUGGUGGCUCUUGCUGUCAAUGACGUCCAGGGUUUAAGGAACUCGGCUCAUCUGGAGAGGCUUAUAAAGCAAACAGAGCUGGUCUUUCAGAUGGAAAAGAACUUCUCCACAGCGUCAUACCUCGGGUCUCACAUCAAGAUUCCCAAAUUGCGAGAAAUGCUGACAAAGGUUUCCUAUAUAUGCAAACAUGAUUGCUACAACUCACGUGCUUUUGUUCUUCCGAACCACCCAAAAAAGGCAAACAGACUUUACAUGGUGGAGAAUAAGAAAUGCGUAGACGUAGCACUGCCAUCUUUUCUGAAAACCAACAUCCUCGAUUGCCUCAGAGCUCGAGAGACCGAGUCUGCCGACAGCAAGGGCAGCGUCCGUGCCAGGAAAGGCAGCAGGAUUCGCCGAGGAGAGUACCACCGCAACGAGCAGCAAGACCUGAAGGUCACCAUCAAGGAGCUCGAGGCCAACAUGGCUGAAAUUAUGAGUGAAAAGGUCGACGAGAUAACAGAGACAUACGGCAAUCUUACUAAGAGGAUAACGACUCUUGAGGAAAGUCUGGAGAAUUUAAUUAAUCUGUUGCGCAAAAACACAAAUGAUGAAAAUCCAAACCCUAGUCAGACUGAAUAACUGAUGUAGACAGUUUUAUUUAUGCUAUAUUUUAAAAAAUUGAGGUAUUUAGUGCCAAGGGGCUGUAAUAUUACCUACAGUAUUUUCAACGUUAUAUACGAUUCUGUUGUCAUGGAGAAAACGUGUAUGUGUAUUUAUAGAACAGUGGAGUAUUUAUUCUCUGUGAUACCUUUUGGAACUGUGCCUCUUAUAGGAUCAUAUGUUUCCUGUAAAUCAAGUCCAUAGGUUGUGGUGAUUCCUGUGAUCAUUAUGCAGUUGUAACUAAAUGAUCACUUCCAGAGUUGUAUAGAGCUUAUGAUAAUGCUUGAGGGCCGGUUUCUUAUUAAUCUCCGGUUGAGAUAGCGGUAAUUAAUCUGUGAUAAGUUUUUAAAGGUAUUUUUUAUAUUUUUAAAGUCAUUCUUCCCUUUCCAUAAUAUUCUCAUGAGAUUAUAAAGCUGAAAGUGAUAUCUAAGUAUAAUUUAGAAACUAAAUGUGUACUGUCAUUGUGAGAAGUUUUAUAUUAUAAUGCUGUAUAUGAUAACAUUACCUGGAAUAGUAGGUAAUAUUUGAGUAUAAGAAUUUACUGUGUAGACUUCGGGCGUUGUUACAUUUAGGAGAUAGCUAUAUUAAUCUAAGAUAGUGUCAGUGGAAUCGUUGGGUAUUUUAAUUUUAGCUCUAACUUAGAAUCAACACCUAAUUAUAUGAAGAAGGUCGCCAACAGUCUCAGUGCUAAAUAUGUUAAGAUUAAUGUUUUUUUUUAACCAUCUUGUAGUUUUAACCUUUGGAAUAACACUUGUAUAAAACCAACUUUGUUAAGUAUUUAAUUCCUGUAUUUGCUUUUACAGUUAGUGGACAACAUAUACCUGUACAGUACUGUGUCUUUAACAAUAAGUUUUACCAUAUCACCUUGGCCUCCUACUUCAUUUUGUAGUCAUGAAAGUCAGGAUAUCACUACUUUUGUCGUUGGUUAGACCUUUGGUAAGCUUAAGGAGAAAACUCUGUCAUAUCGAUAACAAGGGCUUAUGCAAUUGGUUAUGAAACACAAAAUAUGUACAGCUCAAGCAGGGUCCUCAGUCCAUGAAAUAUAUAAAAAUAACAGAUUCUCAAGAUUUAGUCAAGGCCUGCAAUUGCAUCUCGAGAUGUGAAUUUUUACCAAGUAUGAUACGUAUGCUAUUUUGUAAUGUGUUAUGGAUUGCAAGGUUCAAAAAUUGUGAAAUGACAUAUCCUGUAUAAGUAUGGUUUAACUUGUAAUACUAUUCGGCUAAGUUGAUGUAGGUUUGGACAUUCAUGUAUCUGGCUUCUAUUUAUACUCACUACACUGAUACUUCUGCAGAUUAUAGAAGUCAGAUGAUGUUGCUUGACUUGAAAACGGUGAACGUCAAGGACCGAAACGAGACUUUGGGUCCCGGUGCCCGAAAAUGUAUAUUACAAAAUAAUAAUGUAACCCAACAUAUCUUCACGUUGCAAAGUUCUUACAAUUAGUCAAUGAAAUAUAGAUGAAUAUUGAUUCUUAUUGUUACUCAUUGGCAUAAAGUAAAAAUAAGACAUGUGUUUAAACCUUUUUAAAGGUUAUGUAGAAACAUCUGUAAUAGUUCCGAUGGAGCAAGGAGACGUUUUUAUUAUAUUGUACCUGACUUAAGUGGGGACCCUUUUUCAACAGAACAGUGUAGUGCAUUGCAAUAUAAGUGUAACUAUAGAUAACUGAUUAUUACUACAGCUACUUAGUAGAAAUGACAAAAAUAUUUGGAUAUAAGAUAGGUGCAAUCCAACAUCGCCAAUCAUGCUUUCCUGUUUCUCUGCAUCCAUUUCUGAUUUUUCCAAUCCUCAGGGCUUAUAUUCUCAAUAGGAAGAAGAGGUGCCGGUGUGAUCACCCUGUGGCUAGACCAAGGACAGUGGUCAGUGAAGUCUUCAGUGAAAUGUUCAGUGCAUUAUCCACAGUGUGGAACAAGGCAAAACACAGGAACUACAAAAUAAAAGUUGUCUGUUCGAGUUUGUAGGAAAAAUUACCGAGCAGCGUAAAGAGAUUAGACAAGCUUCAGAAUUCCACAGGAAUCACAAGCAGCAAUAUGGAAGUCUAUAUGCUAACAUUAAACAAUAAAUUAAAAGAGCAAAAGCUAUCAAGAGUAUAAUGAAUAUUGUAAAAUGAUUUGAUGCAUGAAUAUGCACCUGAGAAUAUUUUGAGUGGAGGAUAAUAUAAUUCACACAUGAUGAUAUUAUAAUCCUGUGUAAUAUUGCUAUAUUGCUCUUAAAAAAAACCAAUGCAGGGACGAUAGCUCUAAGAACAAUAAAAUCUUUCUUAUAGAAAUAAAUUAAGUUCAUCUGUGUCACUUAGCUGCUUGCGUAAUAAUGAUGGUGCGACUGAAUGGAUGUUUUGAAUCAAGUCUCUUGGUAAAUGGCCUUGGACAGUUGUUAGAACACCAUACUCCUUCCUUCUUUAUAAAAUUACGUUACUGUUAAUUGAUGAUGUUUUUUCCAUUCUCUUCCUGAAAUCUGGCCAGUAUAUGUUGCACUGAAAUUAGAAUGUCACGACAGCAGAAUGUAUUACACCCAUUUCUAGGGAAAAUGUAUCAUCCCUUCUAUAAAAAAAAAAAAAAUGUAAAAUGGACACAAACGUUCACAAUUUAUAUAUAUAUAUUGUGUUGUGCAUGAUUGGUAUAUAAUCUGUAGGACUGUUAUUUGUUCUGUUGAAUUGUUGUGUAGGACAUACCGUCAUGCUUUAUGUGGAUCCACCAUAUAAAAUGAUUCUCUGUUAAUUGUUAUUGUAAAUAUUGUUCUCUGUAUCAUUUUUAGUAAAUCGUUAUAUAAGUUGUAACAUUAAAUUUAAAUGUGAUA